UUGCCUUUCACGUAGAAUAUUAUCACAGCUUUAGAAACAAUAAUUCUAUGGAUAAUCUUUCAUCUGCAGAAUGGUUCAGUCAGGAGAUGGAUGAGUGGCAGAUGAUGAACACAUUUGACGAUUUCGCCGUCUUCUCUCCUGAAAUGAUGCCGUUCCCAUCCUCCGCCGGCUACUGUUCGUCGCCUUUUCCGCCGUUCUCGUCAAGUAACGGAUUUCAGACGGUGGCCGGAGCUCAUGUCGUUGAGAAUCCGGCGGCUGCUGUGAACCGGGUUCAGGAGAAUCCCUCUUUGUCUUCUUCGUCCUCAAGCAUUAUAUCUUUCGCCAACUCUGACUUGCCAUGGGCUACCCAGCAUUUGCCUAAUAAUUCUAAUAAUCCCAAAGCGUUGGUGAAGACGGAGAUGGUUUUCACGUCUCGGAGUUGUGUCGUCGCAGAUGGUCGGAAGGACAUGAUUGGGUUCAGCGGCGCCGCCGAUGUCAAGAAGGGUGCCGCUAGAAACGCUGUACAAGCUCAAGAUCAUGUCAUGGCUGAGAGAAGAAGACGAGAAAAGCUCACACAAUGCUUCGUUGCUUUAUCUUCCCUCGUUCCUGGCCUAAAGAAGUUAGACAAGGCAUCAGUGCUUGGAGCGGCCAUCAAACACAUAAAGGAUCUCAAAGAACGUGUGGAAACGCUGGAGGAAAACGCCAAGAGACACGCCGAAGAACCACCUGCGGCGGCGGCGGCCGUGAAGAGAGUGCGGCUGUCUGGCAGCGACGAUGACAGCUAUUCAUCGGACGAAAACUCGGAUGCCAGCACGGAGAUGUCGUUGCCGGAGAUCGAAGUGCGAUCCUCGGACCAGAAUAUGCUAAUUAGGGUUCACUGCAAGAAGCACAAUAGGGUGAUUAAGGAAAUCUUUAGCGAAAUAGAGAAGAUGCAACUAAGCAUCCUUAGUAGCAGUGUAAUGCCUUUCGGCAAAACCACAACACAUAUCACCAUUAUUGCUCAGAUGGAUCAUAAAUUUUGCAUGGCAGCUAAGGAUGUUGCAAGCACCAUUCGGAUGACCAUAUUGAAGCUCUUAGGCUAGCUGUGAGGAAUCGAGUUCCCCCUUUUAAUUUAAAGAAUUGCAUUUCAAUAUCAAGAAACUAGGUUGUAGUUGAAAUAUAUAUAUAGUGAGUUAUAUAUGUUUGAAUUGGUGUGUAUGUAAGCUGAUCUCAUGCUGAGGAUUGAGACCACCGUACCGACCAGCCAUGAAAGAUUAAGGUUGGGAAUUGAAGCUGCGGCGAUGUGUCGCAAAGGGUGUUUUUUGCGAGGUCGAUAAGUUAGCUUAGCCCUCGUUUUAUUACCCACGUGUUUCACAUGGAACAAAGCUUCAGUUUGAAGAAUCAAAGACGAUGGACUGAGGUCGUCGGAGGUUUUUUUUUUUCCUCCUCUUUUGAGAGGUUGUGCACAUUGUCACAUGUAUUUUUGGCUUAUCAGUAAUUAUUUUUUGGCCUUACCUAAGCUUGUUAACCUUGUUAUUACUUAUUAUUAUGCAUAAUUAUCAUUUGUGUCAUAAGGUUUUAUUGGGUUCGUUUCAAUUCAUAAACUUAAAAUUAUGUGUGUGUAAUCUAUCU